AUGGCCUGGCUGUCUCUUCUGGGCGGAAUCGCAAUUUUUGCCUUGUGCAGCGGCCAGGAUGAUGUCUCGAGACCGCACUUCAAGUGGGGACAGACAAAGGAGAAAGUGUUCGUCACCGUUGCCGUACGCAAUCUCAAUCGCAGCUCAGUCAGUGUUCGCUUCGCAGAAGAUCGACUUCGCUUCCAGUGCUCGGACAUACAAGGGAAGGCUUUCGCAUUGGACUUGGAGCUCGACCAGGAUAUUGCUCCAGACCUGAGCAGAUGGGAGUUGCUAUCCAAAAAGGAGCGCUGGGGCGAGCCAGUCCUGAUGACCCUGGCGAAGAUUUUUCCGGCAGCCUGGCCUGCUCUGGUUCAUGAUCCUAAGAACUAUCGGCAGGUCAUGGAUCGGGAUUGGUCCAGAGAUGAUGACAAGCUUGAGACAACGGAGGACACUUUCUUUGAGGAGCAUGCUGAGUGCCCAGGGAUGGGCUGUGCAAAGAUUCAGGACAAGGAAGGCAUCCCUCCUGACCAGCAGCGCUUGAUCUUCGCUGGCAAGCAGCUCGAGGAUGGGAGAACACUGUCUGAUUACAACAUUCAGAAGGAGUCGACUCUUCACCUCGUGCUUCGGCUUCGAGGAGGAUGCUGCUGGUUCUUUUCCUUCCUCAUCAUCCUUACGCCGCAGACAUGCGCCACAGCAAAGGAUCAUUUCAAUGAUCUUUUUGAUGCCAUGCACUUGUGGAACGUCGGCAUGCUUGAUCCCGUUUCUGAUUCCGCCUUUGUUGGCCCGCAGCUCAGCAAGAAAGAAUUGCUGUGCUUGUUUGAGGGCAAAGCUGCGCGAUACCAGGGGAUGGUUUUGUCAAACGGGCAAGACCUUCCCAGUGGGACACGCGCCGAGCUUCAGUCUGAGAUUCGCUUUGUACAGAGGACAAGACUGUCUGUACUGCCGAUGGUUACAACAUCCAUGGAUGCUCGCGAAGGUGUGGAAGCCGUGGUGGUUCUAGCUCGACACCACGCAUGUGAGCAGUGUGGCGUACCCCGGCUAGCAAAGUUGCUGAUAGAACCUUCGCAGCAGCUGCGAAGAAGGCCUGGGCGGGCCUUGUCGUCGGACAUCUUUGAUGUGCAUUUUGCGUGUGUCUUCGACUGGCAGACCGCAGCCGGAGCGAAAGAGGCUUCUGUGCCGCUGCUGCUCUUCGCCAUGGACGUCAGAAGCCGUGCAGCUCGGCCGCUUGCACGCCGACUAGGAUUUACUAGAGAUCUCGAUGCUGAGCGGGGCAAUUGUGAUGAGCCCGCCGAUCUGUCUUUGGUGUUGGAGGGUUACGCUGUCCGGAAGCUCCGCGCGAGUGCCGAUAUCUGGCUUUCUCUCGACAUGGAGGCCUUGAGCCUGUGCUUCUUCGUGGGCGGCACGAUGAAGAAGGCGUCAAUGGCCCUUAGGUUCUUCGAGUUGACCGCCGAGCAAGCUUGGGAGAAGCGAGCUCCAACUCGGAGCCUCGUCGUACUCCGCUCAGAUGCUACAACCUGGGAGAGGCAGGCUGUGCACCAGCAACGCAUGAAGCUUGACAUUGGAAUUCUGCAGGCUUCCGCGGACAGCGACUUCCGUGGGCGUGCUCUGGCCUUCCGCCCUGGCGAGGAGCAGCCUCGACACUUCCAUGAGGGCUCUGCUGAGGAGUUUCGCUCGUGGCUUCUGAAUGUGUCAGUCCCCUGCUUGGCGCAGCACUAA